AUGCCUUCAUUUUUUAUGGUCUAAAUCUAGAUAUAAGGAAAUACGAUCAGGAGGAAAUAAAAUAAUUGUUAAUUAAGAGUGAAAAGUAAGUAAUUUGAUUUUUUCUUUCUUAAUAAUUUAAUGUUUAAUUAUAAUAUUGAUGACUAUUCAGCAUACAUGAUAUCUCAUGAUCAAAUCAGUCUAACAUAUAGAGGAUAAAUGUAACACUCUAGAAAAUAUUAGUACAAAGGACAUAUAUCAAUUUAAAUUUUUAGAAUUCGACAUUUUAGAAGAGAUAUUAUUUUAAAAGUAAGAAGAAACUGCUGUCUCUUUGCCUUGGGCGAAAACAAUCAUUGUUAAUUUUUGGAAUAUCCCUAAAGAGAACUAUACAUUGUUUAAUUUAUAUGGAGGUAUGAAAAUCCUAUUUGACAUGGACAUAAUCAAGGAUCUCUAAGAAGUUCAAUUCAAGUUCUUUUCAAAUGAAGAUAUCUAAGCUUUGAUUAAAUUAAAAUGGUUACAAUCUGACAAUACCAACUACUUUUAUUUUGAAAUACAAGAGGAGGUACAAUCAUAUUUUGAAUCUAUUUAGAAUCAAUAUCAAUUGACACUUUAAUGGAGAGAUCCCAUUUAAGAUGCCGAAUGCACUAGCUUAGAAUUGGAGAGGUAGCUACUAAAGAGGAAUCUUACUAAAUUGUUAAAUAAAAUAGGUGAUUAUAGGUAUGAUAAGAUUAUGAUAAUAUGUUAGUAAUAUCUAUGAUUAGUAAGAGUUAUUUGAAAUGAUUUUAGAGAAUCAAUACGAUACUAUCUAUGUCUACUUCCCUUCAAUAAUAAAAUUAAAAAUCCAUACCAAAAUAUUCGAAGAAAGUGAAGAAUAAGUUAGAUCAGUAGAGUUGUUCAUUCAUAAUGAAUGGUUUAAGGAAAGAUAGGACAAUUUAGUAGCGUAAUUCGAGAUAUUGCACAGUCAAAUUUAAAGAUCUAUGAAUGAUAAUACUGAUGAAAUAAUCUUAGACUACGCCUUGAUUUAUGAUGAAGAACAAAUCAAUUGUUCUCAAUUAAUGAGUAAGAUCAAUUCAUUGAUCAUCAAAAUAUUGCUAACAAAUAAUAAAAGAAUUUAAACUAUCUUAUUGUCUCUGAUGCCUCUGGAGAUUCAUUUCGAAUUAGAUAUGAAGAGAUAAGAACUAAAUCUAGAUAUCAAUUUACAUCAUGAGGAUCCACAAGAUAUUUAUUAGGAAGGACUGAUAAUUUUACUAUAGACAAUCACAACUUGCAAAUUAUUUUAAUCUUUGAAAGUAGAUAUUCAAUAGGAGGAUGAUUCAAAUAAUGUAAAAUUUCUAUUAUUCUCUUUCAUUAUGAUGAUUCAUGAAUUUCAAUAGACUCUAAUAAACAAAGGAACUUUUACAUACAAUAAUUAUUCCUUGAUUCCAAGAUACCAUUCAGUUUGUUCAAAAGGGGCGAUGAAUUAUUUAAUUUCAGAUAAGAAGUAAUUGAAAUAAUGCUAUUUAGAUCAAUAUAUUCGAUUUCUGAGAAAGACUACCUUGACAUUCAAAGAGAAAUCGGAUGCUUCAUUCAGUAUCUCAGUUUUUAUGCUAAGGAGAGUAAUUCAAUAAUAAUUUCAUGCGAUAUGUGUGAGUUGAGCAAUUCUAGUAAGCAAUUUUAUGAUCAAUUGAUUGAAUAAUUAAUAAAACAGAAUGGAAUAUUGGAAUUUGGAAUAUUAGAUAGUGGGAAUCGAGAUCAGAAAUAUUAUGAAACAGUAAUCUAAUAAUUAUUAUUACCACUUAUCAAAUAUUUUAGAUUAAAGAAGAGGAUGCUGACAACAUUGAUUAUGAUAGAUAAAAAAUAUCAGAACAGAAUGAGGUGGGAAAGUAUAAAAGAACUGAUUAAUUAUUUGCCUAAUGAAUAUCAAUGCUUGUUACAUUAGUAAAAUUGA